GGUCCGGGAUACGGGGUACGGUGUGAAGAAAUUAAGGCACGCUAUGGAGACACUGGACGAAAUAACAAUUGCCACCCUGAAAGAAGCAAAUGUUGGAGAAGACCUGCUCUCAUCACUUACACGAGAUGACAUCAAAGAUCUGUUUCCUGGUCCUGAACAUUUCCUCAGGCGUCGGGCUCUAUGGCUUGCAGUGCACAAAUGUGAAGAAAACAAGACUGCUGCUGAAAGAACGCUAACAACUACUGGAGAUGGUGACUUCUCCAGAGAGGAACCCAGCACUUCUAAGUUUGUGACUAUGUCCAAUCCAGAGUACAUAGUCUUCACAGACAGUGAACUUGAUCAAGCUCGACGUUCCUACUUUGAAAAGAAGCGGCUGGGGACAGAGUGUGCUGAACCUUUGUCAAAGGAACUCUUUUGUCGACUCGUAAGAAACACCAUGACAAACAUGAUUUCCAUAGCAAGAGCAGCUGAGGACUCCAGAUACCCCAGCAAACAUGAGGUUGAUGCCAUGGCAAAGCGAUUAAUGGAGUACUACCCAAUGCUUAAAGAAACGUGUGGUGAGUGGGAGCAUGUUGCUAAAAAGCUGAUUAAGAGACUCUCCAAUGUCAAAAGUCCAAGGAAGGGCAAACAACCUGCGAAGAAGCCAAGAAAGGAUGGGAAUGAAAGUGCUGCAAAAACUGACAGCAGUGGGGAGUCCAGUGCAUCAACUAUUAUUCUAGAUAAAUCACCAGUGAGAUCGAUGGGCACCCCAGUGCACCACCAGGAUGGCAGUGAUGAAGAAUGUAAGUAUAAUAUAAUGCACCCUCUUAUUACACCCUGAGUGUAAAUUGUGGUUUGGAUGUUACUUUUUUUUCUUAAAAAUUCUGCUAACAAUGGAACACAACUACUUCACUGUUUAUCUUGGAAUCUUUGCAUUCCAUUUAAUAGUGACAACUUGACAGGAUGAAUGAACAAUUUGAAGAUAGGUGGUUAGUUAAUUUGUUGAUCUAAUUUACAGAUACAUUUUGGUAUUUUUGUUUUAUUGUUUUGCACCAAUAACAGAUAUAUAAAGCCUUACUGUGGCAAUAAAUGGUUUACACA